GGCCCUUGACGUCCUUCCGGCGGGGGGAGCUGGCGGCGGACGAGGCGGUGGCACGGCGGCCCGGGGGCAGCCGGGGGCGGUUCAUCCUCAGCCAUGUCUUUCAUUUUCGAGUGGAUCUACAACAGCUUCAGCAGCGUGCUGCAGUUCCUAGGUUUGUACAAGAAAUCUGGGAAGCUUGUGUUCCUGGGCUUGGAUAACGCUGGCAAAACCACUCUGCUGCACAUGCUCAAAGAUGACAGGCUGGGGCAACACGUCCCCACGCUACAUCCCACAUCAGAAGAGCUGACAAUUGCUGGAAUGACCUUCACGACUUUUGAUCUGGGUGGACAUGAACAAGCUCGGAGGGUCUGGAAGAACUACCUGCCAGCCAUCAAUGGGAUUGUCUUCCUGGUGGACUGCGCGGAUCACUCGCGUCUGAUGGAAUCCAAAGUGGAGCUUAAUGCGCUCAUGACGGACGAAACAAUAUCCAAUGUGCCAAUCCUUAUCCUGGGUAACAAAAUCGACAGACCAGAGGCCAUCAGUGAGGAGAAGCUGCGGGAGAUCUUUGGGCUCUACGGACAGACCACGGGAAAGGGCAACGUGCCGCUGAAGGACCUGAACGCGCGCCCCAUGGAGGUGUUCAUGUGCAGCGUGCUGAAGAGGCAAGGCUACGGCGAGGGCUUCCGCUGGCUAUCGCAGUACAUCGACUGACACACACCAGGCUUUCACUCCUCGGGACUGAUCCUCUUCGCAAACGCUUCCUAUGGACUUUUCUACCGGAACACGGGGGGGGGGGGGGGGUGGGGGGGGGG